AUGCUAGGAAUCAAAUCCGUUGCUAUAAUCGGAGGCGGCGCAUCCGCCGCCGCGGCGCUCAAAGCUGAAGAUUACUUUGAGAAGAUCAGGGUCUUCGAGAGGAGGGAAGCUCCCGGCGGAACAUGGUUAUACGAUGCAAUCCCUCCCUCGCCGUCACCUAUCCAACCUGGAGCUCUGCCUCCGAAGGUCAAUUCCCAACUCGAAAUACCCAGCAAACUGCCCCAGACGGUUCCACAUAACACGCAAGAGCGUUUCCAGGGUACUCCGAUUUAUGAGUCCCUGAUAACGACCGUCCCAGGGAUCGCUAUGGGGUUUUCGGACAAGAGGUUUCCCGAGGGUCCUUUCGUGUCUCACGACAUCCCUCGCAUGUACCUUCAAAACUACUAUACACUCCACAAUAUGGAAGAUGUUCUAGUGCUCAACACAACUGUCGAAGAUCUCAGCAAGAUAGCAACAGGAGGUGGACGAAGCUGUUGGAGGUUGACCUUACGCAAGCAUAAUGUGGAGCAGGACGUCGAUGAGUGGUGGCAGGAAGUCUUUGAUGCUGUCAUUAUUGCUAAUGGCCAAUUCUCUGUUCCAUAUGUCCCCGAGGUCGAAGGACUGAGCGAUUACAUCGGGAAAUAUCCAGGCCGUGUCAUGCAUUCCAAGUACUAUCGCCAGCCUCACCCUUUCAAGAAUAAGAAGGUACUCAUCGUUGGCAAUGCUUUGUCAGGACGAGAUAUAGCCGAAGAAGUCCUCAGAGUUGCUCAACUACCAGUACAUGUCUCGAGACGACACAAGUCCAUCUGGGAGGGACCGGAGCCUAAACUAGGCGUUGAAUGGAGACCUGUCAUCAAAGAAUAUGUGGCCGAAACAGGGCAAGUAAUAUUUGACGAUGGUUCAUUUCUUGAUGACAUUGACCAUGUCAUCUACUGUACCGGUUAUAAGCCCUCAUUUCCCUUCUGGAAUGUCGAAGCUAACGGUGGACCUCUGUAUGACUACGACAAAGCGAAGCUAAACGACAGCUUCUUGCAUACUUUCUUCCGUGAUCAUCCAACGCUCGGCAUCAUCGGGUUUGGAGAAACACUUGCGUUUCGCAGCUACGAGUACCAAGCUAUUGCUCUUACAAGAGUACUUUCCGGUAGGAAUGCGACACCGCUUUCGACAGCUGCGGAGCAAGAAGACUGGGAACGAUCAUGGGCAGAGCAUACCAAAAAGGAGGGAUUCGACUUUCACACCGUCGAUUUCAGGAAUGGCGAUCUUCUCAAGUGGUACAAUGACCUAUCGAACAUUGCUGGGCUGCCUUUGUGUGGGAAAGGGAGAGUCCCUCCUGCGUUCACGGACGAGACCAUGCGCCAGUUGGAAAAUAUUUUGGGUUCU